GCCUGCAGCUGUCUCUGUUGCGUCCCACCGCCGCUGUUGUGGGAAAAUCGUCUCCCCGCAUGACGAACCGACGGGAGACUUUUUCCACCUUGAAGUGACAUACUGAACCCGAGCGAUCGCAACUUUUAAACAAUUUCCAACACUCCUAGAAGGCUAAAUGAAGACACCUGACAGCUCGUAACACCACGUCCGUGUGUUGACUGAAAUCUUUGCAACAGUGAAGAUUACAGGAAUGUGGAAUACAAGUGUAUCUCAGCGUAAAAGGACGUUCCUCUGCCCCUGACACCAUGACCACAGACCUGAACUUGACCUCCCUGCUGAACGCGACAGAUCUCCACAAUCAAACAAGAGGAUGUUCCCUCACCAAGACAGGUUUUCAGUUCUACUACCUGCCCACUGUCUACAUUAUGGUCUUCAUCACAGGGCUGGUGGGCAACAGCCUGGCCAUUUGGAUGUUUGUGUGCCACAUGAGACCCUGGAGCAGCAUCUCUGUCUACAUGUUUAACCUGGCUCUGGCUGACUUCUGCUACGUCCUGUCUUUGCCCUUCCUCAUCUUCUACUACUUCAACAAGACCGACUGGAUAUUCGGUGAUGUUCUGUGCAGACUGCAACGAUUCAUUUUCCAUGUGAAUCUGUAUGGGAGCAUUUUGUUUCUGACCUGCAUAAGUGUUCACAGGUACACCGGGGUGGUGCACCCGCUCAAGUCUCUGGGUCGACUGAAGAAGAAAAAUGCAGUUAUUACCAGCGCACUGGUGUGGGCGGUGGUUGUUGUGGGCAUCUCCCCCAUCCUUUAUUAUUCGAGGACGGGCUUGAAGCGCAAUGCAACCACUUGUUAUGACACCACAACUGAGGAUGAGUUACCAGGUUAUUUUAUCUACAGCAUGACUUUGACUGUGUUUGGGUUCUGCAUCCCUUUUAUUAUCAUAUUUUGCUGCUAUGGCAUGAUUGUCAAAGCAUUAAUCUGCAAUGAUAUGAACAAUGCACCCCUGCGGCAGAAAUCAAUUCACCUGGUUAUCAUUGUGCUCGCAGUCUUCGCUGUCUCCUACCUGCCUUUCCACGUGAUGAAGAACCUCAACAUGAGAGCCAGGCUGUACUUCCAGAGCCCUGACAUGUGUGAUUUUAAUAACCGUGUCUACGCCACCUACCAGGUGACGCGGGGACUGGCCAGCCUCAACAGCUGUGUGGAUCCUAUUCUUUAUUUCCUGGCUGGAGAUACAUUCAGGAGGAAGCUGUCACGGGCCACUAAAAAGCCCUCCAGGAAGGGGGACAAUGUCCUUCAGUCCAAGAGUGAGGAGACGGCGCUCAACAGCCUGGCUGAGUAUGUGGAGAAUGGGGACCGGAGGAUGUAA